CGUUUGUUUCGCCGACGAGAGCUCAAGCACAGCCAAUCCCUGCGCAAUGAUGAGGCUCGUCGCAUUCUUCGUAUUGGUGGCCGUGGCCGUGGCCCAGGAGGAGGACGGCAGCUACGACGCCAGCAAGUACGAGAACCCGUACGCGUACAACGAGCAGUCAGCCGCGCCCCAGUACCAGCCGCAGCAGUACCAGCCCGAGGCCGCACCCCAGUACCAGCCCCAGGCUGCACCCCAGUACCAGCCCCAGCAAUACCAGCCCCAGGCUGCACCCCAGUACAGGCCCCAGGUUCCCCAGUACCAACCCCAGGCUCCCCAGUACCAGCCCCAGGCUGCACCCCAGUACCAGCCUCAGGCUGCACCCCAGUACCAGCCCCAGCAGUACCAGCCCCAGGCUGCACCCCAGUACCAGCCCCAGCAGUACCAGCCCCAGGCUGCCCCCCAGUACAGGCCCCAGGUUCCCCAGUACCAACCCCAGGCUCCCCAGUACCAGCCCCAGUACGCGCGCGCUGGUGCCGCCCCUGCCUCAACAGUGAACGGCCUGCCUCAGACAUCCACUAACUACAAGACUGAGGAGUCGCAGCGCUUCGAGGAUGUCGACGGACAGGGCAACGUUCGCGGCCAGUACAGCUACGUGGACCCCAACGGCAAGACCAUCACCGUGAAGUACACGGCUGGCAAGGACGGCUUCAAGGUUGAGGGUGACCACCUGCCCCGCCCACCCGUCGCUGGCGCCGCCCCCGCCGCCCCUGCGCCCGCCGCCUACCAGCAGCCGCAGUACCAGCCCGCCGCCUACCAGCAGCCCCAGUACCAGCAGCCCGCCGCCCCAGCCUACCAGCCGCGGUACCAGCCUGCCCCCGCCGCCGGCCCCGCCGGCCCCGCGCUUUUCCAGCCCGCCAGGCCCGCCAGGCCCCAGGGCCCGCUCUCCGCCGCCGACCAGUACCUGGCCGCACCCCUGCAGCAGCAUCAGCACCGGUUCGCCGCCGCCCCCAACCAGGCCUACUAAACUGACCAAGGGCACUGCGGUGUUCUGAUCACCGUCGACUUGCCUGAACUCUCUCUCGCUCCCGAGUGCCGCGCGGGGGCGCCGGACUGAACUCCCUCAGAUACGGGGGUUUAGUCCAGGCCACCCGCCCUGCAGGGGAAGGGGGACCGUCCAAAGGGGACGCUCCCCCUCCUCUGCCCCCCUCCCCCGCCGAAACGGACUCCUCGCCUCCAGGCGUGAUGAUGCAUCUAAGGGCGUUGACCCCUCCUCCUCAUGCCGACUGGACCAAGCUCGAGCUUUUUUCUUCCUCGAGCAUCUUUUUACAUGACGCCAUUCUGUGAUAACCGGCCUCUCUAGUGCCGGUAACUUGUGCCACUAUAGCUCCUCGCCCUGCGUACAGGGGGCGCUGCGCGCAUGGCUGUAUGCGCGCGUGAGUGUGUCUGUCUAGUGUGAGUCUGCAGAGAAGACUGCUUCCUUUUGUGUUUUUAACUUUGCAAUAUUGAGUGUUGAUUUAUUAAAAAAAGAAACAAACUUUGCCAUAGAA